AUGGCUACCAGCAUAUCUACUCCAUAUUACCAAGACAUAGCCGCGCAAAAACGCGAGCGCCAACUCAACCUGAUCCCCCCGGAGUGGCGCUUGUCACCAGUCCCUUCAGUAGACUCCGCACCGAACGCUUUGUUGUACAUUCGACAGACUCUCAGUCCAACCGAGCUCGCGCUUACAGAGGAAACCAAUAUCACAGUCCUCCUGGGGAAGCUUUCCUGCGGUGAAGUGUCUUCACUGGAGGUUACGCAGGCAUUUGCCAAACGUGCAGCACUAGCACACCAAUUAACCACAUGCUGUACAGAAAUAUUCUUCGAUGAAGCGUUCACAGUCGCCAAAGAGAUGGACGAGUAUCUCGCCAGAACAGGAAAGCUUGUAGGUCCUCUCCAUGGCCUUCCGGUGUCCAUCAAAGACCUUUUCUCAGUCAAGGGUCUGGACACAUCUAUCGGAUGGGUCGGUCUGACCAAUAACCCAGCCCAGGCCGACAAGUCCGUCGCCAGGACCCUCCGCCGACUUGGUGCGGUCCUCUAUGUGAAAACCAACCUUCCGCAAUCAAUGAUGAUGUCGGACUCGUAUAACCACGUCUGGGGCCAAUGCAUCAACCCAUUUAAUAGGAACCUAAUUUCUGGUGGGAGUUCCGGUGGUGAAGGGUCUAUUGUUGCGGCGCGAGGAAGUCCGCUUGGAAUCGGGACAGACCUGGGUGGAUCGAUUCGGAUUCCUUCGGGAUUAUGUGGGAUAUACGGGCUUUCGCCUAGUCCUGGCAGACAUCCUUACGAGAGGGGAAACCCUGGCCAGGAUAUUGUUCGCUCGGUCGCCGGCCCUAUGAGCUGUAGUCUUUCCAGUAUUGAGCGAUACAUGGAAGCUGUUCCGUGUGCCUCACCUUGGGAAUUGGACCAGCAUGUUGCACCUGUGCCAUGGAGACGGAAUCUCGCUUCGCCUGGUGCCAGGCAGUUAAAGAUCGGAUAUCUGGUUGACGAUGGCGUUGUUAAAUGCCAGCCACCUGCCGAGCGCGGUGUUCGAGAUGUCGUUGAAGCUUUGAAGGCGGCUGGUCACAGUGUUUUCGAAUGGGAUGCGUCGUCUCAUGGACUUGCAUACGAGCUAUGGGAGAAAGCUAUCUUGUCCGAUGGUGGCGAAGGAUGUCGCAAGAUGACCGAAAUGACCGGCGAGCCUUUAAUCGAGGGCAUGUUGGUUGGGAAAGAGCAUAACAUCUUGACAACUUCGGAACUGCACAUGUUAAAUGCGGCUAAAUACAAAUACGAGUCCGCAUACCUCGAUCGCUGGACCUACUCUGGUAUCGAUGCAUUAAUCAUGCCCAACACUCCCUGGGUUGGGUAUAAGCCGUGGACUUGGGUCAAAUCCAAUAACUAUGUGGGAUACACCAGUAUCUGGAACCUGGUUGGCUAUGCCGCUUUGACCGUUCCUGCUACGACUGUCUCUAGGGAUAAGGACCUACCGAGUCAAGAGUGGCUCGACCAUGUUCCUCGAAAUGAGGGCGACAGAUUCAACAAGGAGCAGUAUGAUAUUGACCUGGUCGAUGGUAUGCCCGUUGGGGUUCAGGUGGUUGGAGGAAGAUUCGGAGAGGAGAAAUGUGUUGCUGUCGCCAAGGCGAUUGAGCAGGCAAUGAAGCGGAAGGACUCGGCACCGCCUAGUCUUUAG